CUAUACUGUACUGAAAAUCACGAAGUGAUAUCACGUGGAGCGGGAGCAUAGCGUAGCGUUAGUGCACUACGCAGUCCGAUUUUUGAUGUUUGUACUUCGUUCAGUCGGCUAUUUUUCGACGACGUUUUUCGUCUUUUAUUACCUCGGAUGACUGUUAUGAACCGCACCAAUGUCUAUUGAAUUUACGUUGUCCAUUACCAUCAGCAAUUUUUGCAUGUGCUCGAUCAUGGUUCGUUUUUCCAUGAGAGACAUGUUUUAGCACCGUCUCCGCAUUAUGCGUUUCGCGUACCUUUACUUACUACAACUAUAGUAUUUAAAGGCGUCGCCGCCAUGGACGUAACUGUUGAUUUGGAUCCCAAUGAACCGAAACGAAAAUGUCUCACCAUAUCUGAGUAUAAUGCAAUGGUUGAUUGGAUAGACUCGUUGAUCAAAAACAACCGUGAUUUUAUUCUAAACCGGUAUGGUCUGCUAUCCUCUAACGUACUCAAUAGAUAUCCACAUUUACACAAAAACACUGUAUUAAGUAUUGUCGACGGUCGAAUUCAACUAUAUGUUCGGCAGCGACAUCAUAAAGUCUUUUCCAGUUCUUCCAAUGCUAAUUCCCCUUCACACUCUUCAGCCACAUCUCGGACUUCAGCUACUGCAAAAUCUAAGUUAUUCAUGAAUCAUCGUCAGCAAGAUCAUAUUAAUAAACAAUUAAUCAAUUCUACAAAAACAAUAAAUGAGAGGUACAAGGAAUUAGUAGCUAAUGGUGCUGUAUCAUCUCCAUUAAUUGCAUUGGCUGAUAAAUUGUGUAUGCCAGCUAUGUUGGUCGCAAAAACUAUUCUCACUGAACAAAUAAAAGAAAAAAGAUUGAGAGAGAAACUUGAACGGCAAAAUCUUAACAUUGACGAUAGUUUAAAUAGUAGCAUAUUAAUUGAUACAAGUGGUGUAUCAAAUGUUAGCAACUCACAAAAUGAUAGUUAUACGGAGUUGAAACAAAAUGUAAGUGUCAAUGACUCGACAGCUAAAGAAUUGGAUACUUCGUAUAGUAUUGAUGAACAGUUAUCUAAACAGUUAAACUGGCUCACUUGUAAACUUCGUUCAAUGCAUAAAUCUGAAUCAACAUUAAAUCAAUCUGAUAAUAGCUUGAUUAAUACUAGUCAUUCAUACAGUAUGCCACCAACUAAUAAAAGUUCGAAUUUAACUCCACAUCAAUUAGCAUCGUCUACUUGGUUGAUACGUAAAGAUCCACAGUUGGCUUACGAAGUAUACAAAGCUUCUGUUGUUGAUGGCCAUUAUGGAUCAUGUGUGGAAUUUAUUAAAAGCUGCAAUGGCAAGCGUUUUGAACAAAUAUUGAAACAAAAUAUGACACGUUUGACUAAGUCUCAGACAAAUAGACCAGAAAAAAAUUAUACAACCGAAAAGGAAUGUCGCCUUCGUGGUUUGGAUAUGACACCUGAUAUGGUUCUCAACGAACCUAUUGCCAUUUCCUUAUCUGACGUUGAAAAUAUGAAAUAUAAUCAAGACUAUAUAGCAACUAAUUAUGUGGGAGGAAAUGAAAAUGAAAUUAAAGUGUUAAAUUGGAUAGAGUCAAAAGCAAUGUUUGGUGGCCCAGAUCAAUUACGCAAAGCUUCUCAAAGUCAAUUAUUUCCUUACUGGAAUCGUUACGGCCCAGGAGCUGUAAUUUAUUGGUUUGGACAUAUUUUGGAGGAUCACGAAAAAUAUCAAGGCGUCCAUGCUGGUGUUUCAAUAAAGAAAUGUAAUACUGACAGUACUUCCACAAGUGUUACUUCGCCAGCUAAAAUUGAUUCAGAAGAACUGUUUGCAUUCAAUUUUUGGUCAAAAUACUGUUUAUUAAUGGACGGAUUUCCUGCCACUAAUAAAAUUGUUAUGCAUAACCGUCAAAAUGGUUUAAAAAAGAAAAACUCAACUACAGUUACAAUAUCAGUUUGAUUUUUAUAAAUUAACAAUUUUUUUUUAUUUUAAAUUAACACAUUAUAUUUUUUAUUUUAAGUACACACACAAAAUUUGUAAGACCUGAUAAAAUAAGAAAAAGUAAUUUACAUGUUAUUAUCUAUAAUAAAGUAUAG